UAUUGUAUAAAUAAAAUUAGCAUUGAUAUUGAUGCUUGGAAAUUUUUAAUCUGACGCACUUUUUUUUGAUAAAAUUAUUUUUAAAAAUUCAAUUCAAUUGCUGCGUGCAUUUUUUAUAUUUUUUCCCAAUGCCAAAAAGCAAACUGAAUAAACAAAAUCUGCAGUAAUUUAUUAAUCAUGGAAUAUUUAAUCUGGUCUGCCAACUAUAUAUGCAUCUGAAUUUGUCGAAAGUAAAAAAAAAUAUUAAAAUGAAAUUAAAUACUUUUUAUUUGUUUCUUACUUUUUGGCUAGCCGAUGGGGUUUUUCUAGAUCCCAUUUGUUAUGACGAUUUAGGAUGUUUCGAUAUCAAUUAUCCGUGGUUUACGUUUCUCAGACCAUUUCCACCACCAAUGUCACCGAAGAGAGUUGGAACAACUGUUUAUUUUGCCGACAGAAACCAUCCAGAAAAAUUUGAAAUCAAAACGUGGCCUCAAAUAAAAAUUGCUCCGCAUUAUAGGGAAAGAAGACCAACAGUAAUAUUAACUCACGGACUUAGUAGUGACGCAAAUACAGAAUGGAUGAAAAAUCUCACGGAUUCAUUUUUACAUAAGGAUGACUAUAAUAUUUUUCUUAUCAGUUGGGAAUUGGGUGCUUCUUAUAAUUAUUUGCAAGCAGCUUCAAACACGAGAGUCGCAGCUGCUGAAAUCGUUAGAUUAAUUCGUCAUUUAAAAUUACAUUAUACAAUCGAUUUGUCAAAAUUCCAUUUAAUGGGUCACAGUUUAGGGGCUCAUAUUAUGUCUUACGUUGGAAAAGAGAUUAAAGGAAUUGGCCGACUUACAGCUUUGGAUCCUGCACAACCGGGUUUUCAGGGAAAGAAUCCUCUCGUCAGAUUAGAUAAUUCGGAUGCAAAAUUUGUCGACGUUAUACAUACAGAUGGAAAACCAUUUUGUCCAUUUAUGGGCCUCGGAAUGGGAGUGAGCGUUGGGACUGUUGAUUUUUUCGUCAACGGAGGCGAGGCACAACCCGGUUGUUUAUUUGAUGGAAAACUUUACAAUAUUACGACAAUUUUCGACAUUGUGGAAAUUACUAUUGACGUUAUUUACAAUUUAGCGACAUGCAGUCACUCACGAGCAGCUCGUUACAUGGCCGUUGCAAUUAGAGACGAUUGCAAAAUGUGGGGAUAUCGUUAUAACGCGACAUAUUCAAAUCAUCGUUUCGAAAAUUUUAUAAUGCAAGAAACAUGCACACCAGAUCAUUGCAAUCUCAUGGGUUUGAAAACACCCAAAUAUCCCGCACGAGGAAAUUUCGCCGUACGAACAACAGGAAAUUAUCCAUUCUGUGUCAAAGACCAUAAAGCGACGAAACUAAUGGACAAAUCGAAAUGGUCUCCAUGGGAUUUAAUUUGGGGAAAGUAAGAGAAAAAUUAAAAUAAAAUAAAGCCUUUGUGAAUUAAAAUUAUGUUUUAAAUUAUUUAAAAAAAAAUUAAAUUAAGAAUCUUAGGAGACAAUACGAUAUAUUUCAUAAACAUGAAAAUUGUAAAAGCACGAUUUAAAUACAUUAAAUGUAUAAAUAUAACUAGA